CUCCCCAGCCAACAACGCCGUUUCCCAUUGGCUCCGUCCUCUCAGCCAAUCACAGCCGGCACUGCGCCGCAAGGGCUGAUGGGGGUCGUAGUCCUCCCGGGGGGGUCGUGGCGGAGUUACCAUGGCAACGGCGCCCCUGCGGCCUUGUCGCCUCGGGGGCUGUCGGUUGUCCCCCAGGAUGUCGCGGCAGGCCACGAAGCCACUCUGAAAGGGCUCCAGGAGAGCUGGAGAGGGACUUGGGACAAGGGAUAGGGGGACAAGACACAGGGAGUGGAUUUGGGAUGGGAAAAGGGAGAUUUGGGCAGGAUUUUGGGAAGGAAUUCCUGCCUGGGAGGAAAUGCAACAGAAUCCCAGUCCUGGAAUGUCCAAGGAAAGGUGGGAGCAGCCUAGGAUGGUCCAAGAUGGGACUGGGUGGGAUUUCAGGUCUCUCCAAGCCAAGCAAUUCCAGUAUUUUCCUUUUUGGGAUCAAUCCCAGCCCCGUCCCAAGAGCAGGAGCAGCUCCGAGGUUUUUCCCUCCUGGUUUUGUGGCCUCAGGAAUGAGGGGAUGUGGCUCAACCCUCCCCAAGCCCAGAAUAUGGGAAAAUAAACCCAAAAAUCUGUGAAAGUAAACCCCAAAAUCUGUGAAAAUAAACCCAAAACCCAGCCCUGGUUUGGUGUCUGGCCUCCCGGGGUGGCACUGCCACACGUGUGACACAUUGGUGGCACUGCCACUCUCAUGGCACUGCCCGUGGCGCUGCCACACUCGCACCCUUUGCCACCCCACAAGCACCGCAGUGUCACCACCCCAUCCCAAAUUCCACCUCUGUCGCCAUCCCCUCCUGUCCCCAUCCCUUGUCCCUAUCCCCUUCCCUUAUCCCUGUCCCAUCCGUGUCCCCUCCUGUCCUUGCGGUGGCCCCCGGCUCUCAGUGGCCCCUCACGGUGUCCAUCAGCCCCUGUCCCUGUCCCCUCUCCUGUCCCUGUCCCCUCCUGUCCCCUCCUGUCCCCUCCUGUCCAUCAGCCGCGGUCCCGCCCCGCUCUCGGCUUUGGGCUUUGCCUUUUCCAUGGCGACCGCUCCAAGGACGAGCCCGGAGCGCCCCCGGAGCGGGCACGGGCGGCACUUCGGGGGGUUCGGGCAAUUUUGGGGAUUUUUGGGAAUUUUCGGGGGGGGCUGAAGGAAUUCCCUCCCUCCCCCCCCCCAAAAAACGCCUGGAAAAAAAUCGGGAUUUUCACCGCCCUGCUCCGCCUCUCCACCGGGAAUCCUGCGGAAUUCCAGGAUUUGCACCGGGAAUCCUGCGGAAUUCCAGGAUUUGCACCGGGAAUCCUGCGCAAUCCCAGGAUUUUUUCCUCACCCCGGAGCCCCCGGGCCAUCGAUGAGGCAUCACCAUGCUGACCAGCAUCACCGACGGCUUCCUCUGCUGCCUGCUGGGCAAGACCCCCAAUGCCGUGGGGCCUCUGGACAGCGUUGAGUCCAGCGAUGGCUUCACCUUCCUGGAGGUGAAACCCGGCCGGAUCCUCCGCAUCCACCACAGCGCUCCCGAGCGCCCGCGGUCCCCGCGGUCCCCGCAGUCCCCCGAGCGCGGCGCCGUGCGCUGCCAGCGCCGCAUCACGCUCUACCGCAACGGGCAGCUGCUGAUCGAGAACUUGGGCGAGGCCCAGGCCCCGCGGUGCCCGCUGCCCGAUGCCAACGGCGAGCCGGGAGCGCCGGACCCCGCCGGAACAGCGGCCAAGCGUCGCAAACGCAAGCCCAAGAGGGUGGUGACGGUGGACUGCAAGAAGCGCAUCACGAGCUGCAAGGGCACGCACGGGGACGUGGUGCUGUUCUUCAUCCACGGCGUUGGCGGCUCUUUGGACAUCUGGAAGGAGCAGCUGGAGUUCUUCUCCAAGCUGGGCUAUGAGGUGGUGGCGCCGGAUUUGGCGGGACACGGCUGCAGCUCGGCGCCGCCCGUGGCCGCUGCCUACACCUUCUACGCGCUGGCCGAGGACAUGAGGGCCGUGUUCAAGCGCUACGCCAAGAAAAGGAACAUCCUCAUCGGGCACUCCUACGGGGUGUCCUUCUGCACGUUCCUGGCUCACGAGUACCCCGAGCUGGUGCACAAGGUGAUCAUGAUCAACGGGGGCGGCCCCACAGCGCUGGAGCCCAGCCUGUGCUCCAUCUUCAACCUGCCGCCCUGUGUGCUGCACUGCCUGUCCCCCUGCCUGGCCUGGAGCUUCCUCAAGGCCGGCUUUGCCCGCCAAGGUGCCAAAGAGAAGCAGCUGCUGAAGGAGGGCAACGCCUUCAACGUCUCGUCCUUCGUGCUGCGUGCCACCAUGAGCGGGCAGUACUGGCCCGAGGGCGACGAGCUGUACCACGCCGAGCUGGCCGUGCCCGUGCUGCUGGUGCACGGCAUGCACGACAAGUUUGUGCCCAUCGAGGAGGACCAGAGGAUGGCAGAGAUCCUGCUGAUCGCCUUCCUGAAGGUGAUCGACGAGGGCAGCCACAUGGUGAUGCUGGAGUGCCCGGACACGGUGAACACGCUGCUGCACGAGUUCGUCCUCUGGGAGCCCGACACGCCCGCGGCCCGCGGCGACGGCGACACCGAGUGAGGGCCAGCGACACGCGGGGACAGCGGGCUCGGCCCAGCCGCCAGCCCGGUUUGUGCCGGGGGCGAGCGAGGAGCGACCCCGGGCUGGGAUGGCAGCGCCGGGAGAGGAGCGCGGCGAGUGCCCCGGGCCGGGGACAGCGGGGACACGGCACGGCCGGUCCCCAACCCCCUGGGACAGCGGGGACACGGCACGGCCGGUCCCCAACAGGACAACGGGGACACGGCACGGCCUGUCCCCAACCCCGGCAGGACAGCGGAGACAAGGCACAGCCGGUCCCCAACCCCGGAUAUGUCACACCUGGACACACCACACCUGGUCCCUGGACCCCACACAUGUCACAUUGAGUCCCCAAUCCCCAGGGACAGAGGGACACGCCACCCCCGGUCCCCACCCCCGGCACUGGAGCGGCUCCGUCCCGGUUUUUUGUCGCCGUCGUCGUCAUUCCUGCACGCAGCGACACCGGGGACACUGGGAGGACACGGAGGGUCCCCGCAGGGAUUUUUGGGGCGGUUUUCAGGAGAACCCAGAGGCUCCCCUGCGCUGGGAUUUUGGGGGCUCCUUGUGGGGUUGGGCAGCUCCUGCUGGGAUGAGGAGGAUGAUGAGGAUGAAGAUUCCCGGGAUCACGGUGUGUCCCCAGUGCCACCACGGCCACGUCCCCGCUGCCAGCAGCGCUGUUAGGGCGGAGCCCCUCGGGGACACCCCCGGGAUGGGCCGCGGGGAACAGCGGGACCCCCAUUCCCGGGAGCCGGGCACGACCGGAGGAGCCACCCGACGAUGUCCCCGGUGCCACCCGCAAUGCCAGGAGGCGCCACCUGUGCCCCCCUCCCCAAAAUUCCCGACAUUUAAACCAAAGAAGGCGCCGACCCUGCGGACACCUUGCCCUGUCCCUUGUCCCCACCCUGUCUCCUGCCCCACGCGGGGCUGGCACCGCACCGAGGGGCUCAGGGGACCCUGCACUGUUCCCAUCGAUGUCCCCAGGGUGUCCCCUGUGCCAGCCCUGCCCGCUGCUGUCUCAUAAUGAGAAUUUUACCCCAAAACCGCCACCAACGCCCCCAAAAUUGCCACGUGCCGCCCGUGGGGUCACAGCUCUGUGCCCUCCCGGGAGCCACUUUCCUGUCACGCUGCCACCGCCGUGUCUGUGUCACCCAGUAAAGCCGUGCUCAAUGCCAGCCCUGCCGGCUCCGUGCCGGGACACUCGCCGUCA